UUUUGGUAAUUGUACGCUACCCUCUUUCACUUGGUCUGAGAUCUGAACCAAGUUCACCAUUAGCUUUUUAGAGUUCUGAAUGAUUUCAAAGCUGGCCCUUACAAUUUAACUCCUUCUGCUAUAAAAAACAAGCGUAGCUUAAGAUUCUCGUCCCGUUAUUCGAGUGUCUUUGGGAAAUUUUUCGUCGAUAAUCCGUUCAACAUGGCGAUGUCUGCAGUGUACGUCUUGGACAUCAAAGGAAAGGUGAUAAUUUCGCGGAAUUAUCGGGGUGAUAUCGAGAAUUCGAAGAUCGAGAAGUUUAUGCCCUUGGUGCUAGAGAAGGAGGAGGAAGGGGACACACAGUCACCUAUCUGCGUGCACGGGGAUGUAACGUUUGUCUACAUCAAGUAUAAUAACCUCUACUUGGUGUGUACAACUAAGAAGAAUGCUAAUGUUGCUCUUAUCUUUGUGUUUUUGCAUCGUAUGGUUCACGUAUUCAUAGAUUAUUUCAAGGAGUUGGAAGAGGAGAGCAUCCGAGAUAACUUUGUGAUUAUCUAUGAGCUUAUGGAUGAGCUGGUUGAUUUUGGUUACCCACAGUUUACUGAGACCAAGAUUUUACAGGAGUACAUCACUCAGGAGGGCCACAAGCUGGAGCUAGCGCCCAAGCCACCUCCUGCCCUUACGAAUGCAGUAUCUUGGAGAGGGGACAACAUUAAAUACCGCAAGAAUGAGGUGUUCCUAGAUGUCAUUGAAUCAGUUAAUCUCAUGGUUAGCUCGUCAGGGAAUGUUCUCCGAAGUGAAAUCAAUGGCACAGUUAAAAUGCGAUGCUACUUGACUGGCAUGCCUGAGUUGCGACUUGGUCUUAAUGAUAAGAUAUUGUUUGAGAAUACAGGACGAGGUAAAAGCAAGGCUGUUGAGCUUGAGGAUGUAAAAUUCCAUCAGUGUGUGCGUCUGUCACGUUUUGAGAAUGAUCGCACCAUCUCCUUCAUCCCCCCUGACGGGGAGUUUGAACUGAUGUCCUACCGACUCAAUACUCAUGUGAAACCUCUCAUCUGGAUUGAAUCAGUCAUCGAACGUCACUCCCACAGCCGUGUAGAAUACAUGAUCAAGGCAAAAAGUCAGUUCAAGAGACGUUCAACUGCCAACAAUGUAGAGAUUCACAUCCCAGUCCCAGCUGAUGCCGACUCACCGAAAUUUAAGACAACAGUAGGAAAUAUCAAAUACGCUCCUGAACAGAAUGUUGUUAUCUGGAACAUCAAAUCUUUUCCGGGAGGCAAAGAAUUCCUGAUGAGAGCACACUUUAACCUACCCAGUGUGGACUCAGAGGAGACAGAGGGACGACCUCCCAUCAAGCUCAAGUUUGAGAUUCCUUAUUUCACAGUAUCUGGUAUUCAGGUUCGAUAUCUCAAGAUUAUAGAAAAGAGUGGUUACCAGGCACUACCUUGGGUGCGGUACAUCACACAAAACGGGGAUUAUCAACUGAGGACAACUUAGAAUCUUUCAACUAUCUAUUCAUACCAAUACACAAAUAUCUUCUUGUGUAAACCAAGUGCUAGUGGUUAGCUUCCUGGAACACCAUGAUCUAUCCAUCAACCUUUCAAAUGCUGUGAAAAUGUGCUGUGGUCGAGUGUUCAGUGUUUUAGUUUCCUUGCAGACAAUGACAUUAAUGGUUGUUUUGAAUAUUUUAGCCGCUUUCCUUCAAAGGCCGAAAUACUUUGUGAAGUUCAUUUGGAGAAUUUGUUUUGUUAUAAUACACUCAACUGUAGCCAUAUAAAAUAUCUAGAUGCAGGUCGAAUCGGCUGUAAUGACCUGUAAUGAGAGUAGUAUAAAUUGGCAUAGACUGUUACCUCAUCCCAAUGUAAACAUAGAAAUUGUUGAUGCAAUGAUUUGAUCAUUAAUAAACAUUAUAUACAUA